AUGGAUGCCAUAGUAGGCGGUCUGAAGACCAAAACGCUUUCACAUAUUUCCGGAGUCUGCGUUUAUAUCAAAGUCUACAUGUCUGUGGGAUGCGCUGCCCUGAAAUUAAUACUAAAACAAUUUGCGCCGACAAUCAAGACCAACAUAACAGCGCCGCCAGGAAUUGGUGUCGAUAUAUCCAGAGAGGAGAGGCAUGCCUUCAAAACGAGACCCGCAUUUCUCGACGAAUCUUAUACUUAUCUUAACAUUAGCCCUAAAUACAAUAAGUGUAUGAGUUGUUACAAUCACUUGCUAUCCGUACGAGCUUUCAUACUAAAGCGUCAAACACUUCAGGGAAAACUCGGCCGAUCUUUUCGUGAACUCUCUAUUCUGAUGCAAAAUCUCGAAUAAUUGAUGCAAACAAUCGAUGAAUACAUUUAUUAGCCGACAUUUUUUGAUAUAUCAAACCUAUAUUUUAUUAAUAAUAUGUCUUAUCGACCAAAAGCUCAUUGCAUGGAGAAUCGGAUCCGUCCCUCGACUUUCAGUUCACGCAUUGUAUUUCCAAUGGAUUAGUGUUAGUGUUAUUUUGGGGAAUAACGUGUGUUUUAAUGUGAUAUAUGCACAACAAUUAUGAUGAGAAUUAAUUGUGAGUUUGUAAUUAACGACUUUUCAGUACUUAAUGGCCUUAGACUGCCAUUUAGUGCCAUUCAUUGCCAUUAUAUUUGAACAUUGGUCUCAUUCGUCAACCAAUCCAUUGAUCUAAUCAUUUAGAAGCAAAUAUUAUACUAAUUUAUGAUUUCAUUAUUUUAUAAUAUAAUACAAUACUAUAACGCUUUAUGCCUG